ACUACCAGUCGCUCGCUCUCACUCAAAUACAUCGACUCUCUCGCAAGGUACAAUAUUGAAGUAAAACUUGAUGUCGAUAUCCUCAGUCCUACGUUCACUGAUAGUGUCUGCGCAAUAAAAUGCCCGCCACCUAUGGCUGGAUUCGAACCCGGACUUUGUGAUCGGAGGACGGUUGCCUUGUCACAUGAACUAAAAGAUUGAUGCCGUCAAACUAGCAAAACACGUGCGAUGUCGAAGGCUGCGUGAAUGGCGUGUGUGUCCUUCCUCCAGUUUCAGCCGCCCCCAUGUGCAGCUGCAACAUCGGCUUCCAGGUGUCCCUCACCGACCCCAACAUAUGCCUCGAUAUUGACGAGUGUACCCUCAAUACGUCAAUCUGUGGGGUCAGUUUUGACCCCUUCCUCGGCCUCGUGAUCCCGAGUGGGAGGUGUGUGGAUACAGCAGGUUCAUUCUACUGCCAGUGCAACCCCACUGUAGCCGUGCCAUCUUUAGACAACAAAACCUGCAUAUCCACAUCAUUUCAGCAGCAGCAGCAGCAACAGCAACAACAACAACAGCAAUCCAUCUUACAAAGCCUGCUUAACCUGAUCCUGUUGGCCCAGAUAUUUGGAUUAUAACAACAAAAUAUAUUUGUGUCUAAAAGUGUAAAUAUUCCAAUGCUCUGUUGUAAAUGGUGAAAUUCAGAAUUUAUAAUACAAUAUAGUAUA